AUGUUUGCGAAUCCAUCCAAUCUUUCCUCGUCUGCUCUGGAGUUCAUGCCCCAGGGCGCUGCGAGUCCACAAUUCAAGCAGCAGCAGUACUACCAGGGCUACCAGCCAUACCCUGGAGUGCAGCAAAGUGGCGUGAAUGCCUUUUACAUGGGAGGUUACCCUUGCGGCUACUAUGGCGAUGCCAUGCAGAGCAUUCCUGCCACGCACAGCUUUGCCUCAACAGCUGCCCCCUCCACGCCUGGAGCUAUCAACCUGGACGAGUUCUCUGAUUUGUCAGACUCCGACUCAGACGACGAGGCCGUCCCCCCAGCGCAGGUGAAGGCUCCAGCAGAGAAAGCUGAGCUAUCAGCCCCGGCUAUUGACAUCACAUUCGAGGACAAGGAGCCCGCCGAGGAGCCAUCCCCAUGUUACAGCAGCUUCAUCGGUUGCUAUGCAGAAAUGAUUCUUGUGUGGAUUCCCGAUCGAAUGAUUAAUGCCCAAUAG